GAGUUCUGAGUUCAUUCACAAUAGUUAGCCAACUCCGUUGUCUGCGAAAUUAACUAACAGAGCAAUUCAAUCCCUUUCCGCUCCACUUUUCUCUCCCCGCCAUGUCUUUCCUACGUCAAACAACCCGCUCCUCUCCAAUUCUUCCCCAAAUCAACGAAGCCCUAGCUUUCUUCCGUUUUGGGAAUCCAAAUUUCCACAGCAUUUUCACAAGAAUUUCACCAUAUCUGGCUCCGUUUUGUGAAAAAUGCGUAUACGGGAAGAAGGGAGCUUAAACGAACAUCACAAUGCACCUUCUUGGGGCUUUAUUUCCAUUCUGGUCUUCAUUUUGGUUUCUCAGGUGGAGAUUCAGGUGGCCCAUGCCGGCCCUGACACGGGCAAUCCGGCUGCCGUGCAGCUCUUCGCCCAGGCCGUCUAUAAUAAAUUUAAGAAUUUCAACUCCCUGUUUGACGAUAGCGUCGCAAAAAAAUUGCGUUAUUGCGUCAACAAUGUGGAUGCUGAUUGGAAAGCAGCAUUUGAUUUUUCGAAGGACACUGAGUUUCUUUCCAAUUGCGUUAAACAGACAAAAGGGGAUAUUAUGCAGCGCUUGUGUACAGCUUCAGAAAUAAAAUUUUAUGCAUCAAGCAUAGUUCUUGGCACUCUGGAAAACAGUGGGUCUGGCAGUAGUAACUAUGUGAAACCAAACAAGAACUGUAAUUUAACAUCAUGGGCUUCUGGUUGUGAGCCAGGUUGGGCUUGUAGUGUUGGAAAAGAUGUGCAAGUUGACCUUAAAACAGCAAAGGAAAUGCCCGUCAGAACUCUUGAAUGUCAACCUUGUUGUGAAGGGUUCUUUUGUCCUCAUGGUCUGACCUGCAUGAUACCAUGUCCAUUGGGCUCAUAUUGCCCUGUUGCAACUUUGAAUAAAACGACGGGUGUAUGUGAUCCGUACAGUUAUCAACUGCCCACGGGAGAGACAAAUCAUACAUGUGGUGGAGCAGAUGUCUGGGUUAAUUUUCCAUUACUGCAGAGCUGGCUCAACAGAGCAAACAAAAUGUUACGAAUUGGCUACUUGUGAACCUCAAACUGCCAAUCAAAAUAUUACAGCAUAUGGCCUACUCUUUUUUAAUGAUUUCUUAUACUUUUACUCCAAAAAAUAGAUGAUGCAUCUCAAACUUAAUUGGAAUAGUGCUGGAAUCAUACUUGUGCUUCUCAUCAUAUACAAUUGGUCUGACCAAGUACUGAGCACUAGAGAGAAAAAACAAGCUCAGUCCAGGGAAGCAGCAGCAAGAAGUGCACGUGAAACAGCACAAGCACGUGAAAAAUGGAAAUCUGCAAAGGAUGUUGCUAAAAAGCAUGCAAGUGGACUUCAGUCGUCUUUAUCACGAACAUUUUCUCGAAAAAAGUCCUCAGUGACAGAACAGAGCAGUGGAAAGGAUGCUGCCUUGCCACCUAUGCCCUCUGGUAUGUCUCAAGCAAAAGCUAAGAAGCAAAGCAAUCUCACAAAAAUGAUGCGUGAACUUGAAGAGAACCCUGAUGGUCAUGAGGGUUUUAAUGUGGAGAUAGGUGAUAAAAAUUUAAAGAAGCAUAAGACUAAGCAAUUGCAUACUCGCAGCCAAAUCUUUAGAUAUGCAUAUGGUGAAAUUGAGAAAGAAAAGGCACUGCAGGAGCAGAACAAGAAUAUGACCUUUUCUGGUGUCAUUUCAAUGGCUAGCGAGUUUGAAACUGUGGGUAGACCUCCCAUUGAGGUUGUUUUCAAAGACUUGACACUUACUUUAAAGGGUAAAAAGAAACAUUUGUUGAGGUGUGUGUCGGGCAAGUUGUCGCCCGGUCGUGUUUCUGCUGUCAUGGGUCCUUCAGGUGCUGGCAAGACAACAUUUUUAUCUGCCUUGACCGGAAAAGCUACAGGUUGUACCAUGAGUGGUUUGAUUCUUAUAAAUGGAAAGGCUGAAAGUAUGCAGUCAUACAAGAAAAUAAUUGGCUUUGUCCCUCAAGAUGAUAUAGUGCAUGGUAACUUGACAGUCGAAGAAAAUCUCUGGUUUAGUGCAAGGUGCAGAUUGCCAGCAGAUCUUGCAAAACCAGAAAAGGUUUUAGUUGUUGAGAGAGUGAUAGAAGCCCUUGGAUUGCAGAAUGUAAGAGAUUCUAUUGUGGGAACAGUGGAGAAGCGAGGCAUAUCUGGGGGCCAGAGGAAGCGAGUUAAUGUGGGGUUGGAAAUGGUUAUGGAGCCAUCUUUAUUGAUUUUAGAUGAACCAACUACUGGCUUGGACAGCUCUUCUUCUCAGUUGUUACUUAGAGCACUUCGCCGAGAAGCUCUUGAAGGAGUAAAUAUAUGCAUGGUUCUUCACCAACCGAGAAGGAAAAUGUACUAACCGCUGCCGCCUGCAACAGACCACUUGUUACUACACAUUGUUCAGGAUGUUUGAUGAUUUUAUACUUCUAGCAAAGGGCGGUCUAACUGUAUAUCAUGGACCUGUGAAGAAAGUUGAGGAAUACUUUGCAGGACUUGGUAUCCAUGUCCCUGAACGUGUUAAUCCUCCGGAUUACUUCAUUGACAUUUUAGAGGGAAUAGUGAAGCUAAGUCCAAGCAUAGGAGUGAACUACAAAGAGCUUCCUCUCAGAUGGAUGCUUCAUAAUGGCUAUCCCGUACCACCAGAGAUGUUGGAUUCUGCUGGAAUGGCAGCUUCGGUCGGAGAAAAUUCAGCUCAUGGAGGAAAUCCUGCUGCUGCAGGACCUGAUGGAACAUUUGCAGGGGAUCUGUGGCAGGACAUGAAAUCCAAUGUUGAACAGAAAAAGGACCAAAUGCAGCAUAAUUUUUUAAGCUCAAAGGAUUUGUCCAAUCGGGUCACACCGGGUUUAAUAAUGCAGCUUAAAUAUUUUCUUGGAAGGAUCGGUAAGCAGAGAUUGCGAGACGCUAGGAUACAGGCAGUAGAUUAUCUUAUCCUCUUACUUGCUGGGAUCUGUUUAGGAACACUUGCUAAAGUGAGUGAUGAAACUUUUGGGUCCUUGGGAUAUCUUUAUACUGUCAUUGCUGUCUCCUUGCUCAGCAAGAUUGCAGCAUUGAGAUCAUUUUCUCAGGACAAAGUUUACUACUGGAGAGAGAGUGGGUCUGGCAUGAGCAGCUUGGCUUAUUUUCUAGCGAAGGAUACAAUUGACCAUUUCAAUACAAUUGUAAAGCCAGCAGUGUAUCUAUCAAUGUUCUACUUCUUCAACAAUCCUAGAUCCACCAUCCUGGAUAACUAUGUUGUCCUGAUCUGUCUCAUAUAUUGUGUGACUGGAAUAGCUUAUGCACUUGCCAUUUACUUGACCCCUGGUCAAGCCCAACUGUGGUCGGUUUUGCUUCCAGUAGUGUUGACUCUUGUAGCAAACCAGGAUGGAGAUGCAUUUGUGAUGAGAUUAGGGGAUUUUUGCUACACCAAGUGGGCUUUAGAAUCAUUUUUGAUAGCAAAUGCUAAAAGGUACUACGGAGUGUGGCUGAUCACAAGGUGUAACUCCUUAAAACAAAGAGGUUAUGGUCUUGAAGAUUGGUAUCCUUGUUUAGUAUACCUCAUCCUUACCGGCAUAGCCAGCCGUGGCUUAGCCUUCUUCUGUUUGAUCACCUUCCAGAAAAAAUAAAUCUUUGUCGCUGUAUGUAUCUUGCUUGGGUGGUUCAGUUAUCCUCAGCGUCAGUAUGCAAGAAUGGACUAAUAGUGGCUGACUGCCCGGAGUGGUUUGCUCUGUGAACAUGUUAGAUCAGCAAAUGAACUGUGGAUGGAAACAGACAUGAACGUUCACAUUGAUGUGGAGAUGUAGGAAUCUUAGUGUCGGGACACCAGAGAAUUUGGUGAAGCCCGAGACACAUACACGAUACACCAUCAAGUUAGAUCUACAGAACUCUGAACUUUGUUGUACAUUUGUGGCUAUUAGUCUUUUGUGUUUUUGUAACUAAAGUAAUCAGACCUAGAAGAUUAGUAAGUACUACCGAGGUUGGUAGGGUCAAGCGCUUCUGUAGAAGUCCAUAUUAUUUGAUUCGCAUGGCAGUAUCAAAUGUACUAUGUAUAUUUGGAAGUUGCAAUCUUGUCGCUUAGAUUGUAAUGAUAAAAUAGUAUUUUCAUGUUGCGG